UGAAGGUGCUGCACACUGUCCCUUAACUCCAGUUAGGACCACGGCCGUUUCAAUAGUGUCACUGACUCACUGUCGCUGUUGACGAAAAUUUAAUAGUGUGGAUGUUGAAUUUGUCAGACUCAAAUAGCCACUUGACAGAAUUUUAUUCAACACAUGAUUUGCUUGCUCAGAUUACACUCUACAGAAAAUAGCUGGGCAGCACAUUCUACACCCGCCACUGGGUUAGUGGCUCAGCUGUGAGGGAUGAGACCCGUUUGAAAAAGGCGGUAGGAGCGCAGCGCGGGUGAGUCACACACACACUACUAUCUCGCAACCUUGCAAACGCUGGGAGAGUUCAAGCUAAAUAUAACCACAAGACCACCUUCCUCGACACAGUACCGCCAGGCCAACGGCUAUUCAGAGCGUGCGUCUGUACACAGGGCAGAGGAAUUAGGGCCGAGUGUGAACGAGACUUCCCACCAGGAGUCGGAGAAUAAAACACAACAUCGGAGAGCGAAGUGGACCCAGUCUUGAUGGAGGGGAACCCGGUUAUUAAAGUGUCGGUUGCUGAGUUGGCUGGAAAAUUUAAAGAUCACAGUGUCUCCAGCUGUGCUGGGUAUGACGGGCAGAAUAAGCCUGUUCGGCGGAGGCCCCCACGUACUCUGCAGAUUCCUGCCAAGGGUGAUGAGAGCCAGACAGAGGAGCAGAAGUGCGAGGGUGCCGCUGCUCGCCCGGCCCGCUCCAGGAACAGGAACUCGGCUCUGAUCGAGAAGCUGCAGUCCAACCUGGCCCUGUCGCCCAUGGCCCUGUCGCCCGCACCCUUGCUGCCCUCCCCCAAGAGCCCGGGGCUGAGGCUGCCCUCCCCCAUCUGCCCCAGCAGCCCUGUUGCCCCCGUGCCAAGGGCAAAUAAACAGGAGCUGGAAGCCCCAGCCAGCUUCGAGAGUCCAGCUGCAGCAGAUGCUGCUCUGCUGCCCAGCAUCAAUAAGGGCAGAGCUCGGCUGUCCGUGAGGCGUCGGCCUCCGUCCCGGCGGGUCAAGAAGUCGGGCGAAGAGGAGAUGGACGGCGAGGGAGACGGCAGGAGUUCCUCACCGCUGGAGCCUGCAGACGGAGAGCGCGAGGCGACACACACAACAGAAACACACACAGCAGAGAAACACACAGAUGGCCGUGGCGUGCCGCACUCUGAGACGAAAGCAGUUAGUGUGAAGGAGCCAGAAGUAGUGGACAAGGCGAAAGCCCGGGUCAAACCUGCGGACAAGGGGGAAGCCGAUGACAAUCCUGUGGACCCGGUCAAGGCAGCAGACGAGGGGAAAGCCCAGCUGAGGCCCGUAGGUGAGGCCUGUAGGGCCGCUGCUGCUGCUGCUGACACUGACGGUGCAGGAGAGCCUUCCACAGCAGACAGCGAGGGGAAACAAGAUGGCCCCUCUGAGCAUGAGAAACAAGAUGGCCCCUCUGAGCUUGUGAAACAAGACGGCCCCUCUGAGCAUGAGAAACAAGAUGGCCCCUCUGAGCAUGAGAAACAAGAUGGCCCCUCUGAGCAUGAGAAACAAGAUGGCCCCUCUGAGCCUGAGAAACAAGAUGGCCCCUCUGAGCCUGAGAAACAAGAUGGCCCCUCUGAGCCUGAGAAACAAGAUGGCCCCUCUGAGCAUGAGAAACAAGAUGGCCCCUCUGAGCAUGAGAAACAAGAUGGCCUCUCUGAGCAUGAGAAACAAGAUGGCCCCUCUGAGCCCAGCGCAGACCUGCAGCAACCAGGGACAGUGAAGCAGGAAGUGUAGGAGAGGGCAGAGGUGCCGAGGACGACCGCCGACCCCAGGAUCUCAAGCAGCUGAUGCUUAUCCAUGAUGUGCUGCAGAAUGAAGUCGGGACGCCUGCGGAGGACUGAAGCAGAUUGAGAUCACCUGGGACUUGCCUGUCUGGGAUCACCUGGGACUUGCCUGUCUGGGAUCACCUGGGACUUGCCUGUCUGGGAUCACCUGGGACUUUUUAAAGCAUCCAGGACAGAACCGAUUAAAACGCUGGGAAAGUACCCAGCACAGACCUCAGCCAAGCCCAAUGCCCGAUCUCUCUCAUUGUUAAAACAAGAGAGAAAUAAUCGCCUGAAUCUUUAAGAGAAAUAACGGCCGAUCUCACACACAAGAGAGAGAUAACUUGUGUCAGUCCUGUGAUGUGGACGCACUCCUGAUCCAUAACUCUGUCCUGUAACAGGGGUGACCCCAUUGUAGUCUACCAGAUACGGCGACUGUCCUGUAACAGGGGUGACCCCAUUGUAGUCUACCAGAUACGGCGACUGUCCUGUAACAGGGGUGACCCCAUUGUAGUCUACCAGAUAUGGCGACUGUCCUGUAACAGGGGUGACCCCAUUGUAGUCUACCAGAUAUGGCGACUGUCCUGUAACAGGGGUGACCCCAUUGUAGUCUACCAGAUAUGGCGACUGUCCUGUACCCACUUGUCAUCUCCUGAUCCAUAACUCUGUCGUGUAACAGGGGUGACCCCAUUGUAGUCUACCAGAUAUGGCGACUGUCCUGUAACAGGGGUGACCCCAUUGUAGUCUACCAGAUAUGGCGACUGUCCUGUACCCACUUGCCAUCUCCUGAUCCAUAACUCUGUCCUGUAACAGGGGUGACCCCAUUGUAGUCUACCAGAUAUGGCGACUGUCCUGUAACAGGGGUGACCCCAUUGUAGUCUACCAGAUAUGGCGACUGUCCUGUAACAGGGGUGACCCCAUUGUAGUCUACCAGAUAUGGCGACUGUCCUGUAACAGGGGUGACCCCAUUGUAGUCUACCAGAUAUGGCGACUGUCCUGUAACAGAGGUGACCCCAUUGUAGUCUACCAGAUAUGGCGACUGUCCUGUAUUCACUUGCCAUUUGCUGGAUUUGUAGUAUUUGCCCAUUCCAUACAGCUGUGAAGUGAAGUUUGAUACGUUAAUGAUGAGCACGUGAUUAAGUAGUGUGGUAGCGCACCAUAGCUGCUUACAGCCAUAACACAGAAUGUAUCUUAUUAAGUGUUAAUUAUUACAGCACCGGGUCAUCAGAGACUUUGAGGGAUUUUAAGUGUCUCUUGUGUAACUGUUUCUUGUGAGUUUCUAUGAAUAUCAAUGUUUUUGAAUGCCUCUAAUGGCGCCCAUGCAGGCCAUCAAAGCAUUUCAACUGUGAUCAGUGUUACUUUUGAGUUUAUUUUGAUCAGUGUUACUUUUGAGUUUAUUUUGAUCAGUGUUACUUUUGAGUUUAUUUGUGAUCAGUGCUACUUUUGAGUUUAUUUUGAUCAGUGUUACUUUUGAGUAUAUUUUGAUCAGUGUUACUUUUGAAUAUAUUUGUGAUCAGUGUUACUUUUGAGUAUAUUUGUGAUCAGUGUUACUUUUCAGUUUAUUUGUGCCUUGAUCAGUGUAGCUUUGGUACAUUUGCUGCAGUGUUUUUUGUAUUUAGGGGAUGUCUUUAGAAAUAAUGUAAAUAAAUCAUACCAUUCUUUGUCACUGGA